AAGGAAUACUGAAGAACGUCCCCUUGACACAAGAAGGAAUACUGAAGAACGUCGCCUUGAUACAAGGAGGAAUACUGAAGAACGGGGCCUUGAUACAAGGAGGAAUACUGUAAAACGUCACAUUGACACAUGGAGGAAUACUGAAGAACGUCGCCUUGACACAAGAAGGAAUACUGAAGAACGUCGCUUUGAUACAAGAAGGAAUACUGAAGAACGUCCCCUUGACACAAGAAGGAAUACUGAAAAACGUCGCCUUGACACAAGGAGGAAUACUGAAGAACGUCGCCCUGUCACGAGAAUUAAUACCGAAGAACGUACUCUUGACACAAGAAGGAAUACUGAAGAACGUCGCCUUGUCACAAGGAGGGAUACCGAAGAACGUCUCCUGAACAGUAGGAAAGCUGAAGAACGGCGCCUUGACACAAGGAAGAAUACUGAAGAACGUCGCCCUGUCACGAGAAUUAAUACCGAAGAACGUACUCUUGACACAAGAAGGAAUACUGAAGAACGUCGCCUUGUCACAAGGAGGGAUACCGAAGAACGUCUCCUGAACAGUAGGAAAGCUGAAGAACGGCGCCUUGACACAAGGAGGAAUAUAGAAGAACGUCGCCUUGACACAAGGAGGAAUACCGAAGAACGUCGCCUUAACAGUAGGAGAGCUGAAGAACGGCGUCUUGACACAAGGAGGAAUACUGAGGAACUUCGCUUUGACACAAAAAGGUACAGUGAAGAACGUCGCCUUGACACAAGAAGGAAUACAGAAGAACGUCGCCUUGACACAAGGAAAGCUGAAGAACGUCACCUUGAGACAAGGAGGAAUACUGAAGAACGACGCCUUGACACAAGGAGGACAACGGAAGAACGUCGCCUUGACAAAAGGAGGAAUACUGAAGAACGUCGCCUUGUCACAAGAAGGAAUACUGAAGAACGUCGCCUUGACACAAGGAGGAAUUCUGAUGAACGUCGCCUUGACACAAGGAGGAACACUAAAGAACGUCUAAUUGACACUAGGAGGAACACUGAAGAACGUCGCCUUGAAACAAGAAGGAAUACUGAAGAACGACGCCUUGACACAAGGCGGACAACAGAAGAACGUCGCCUUGAAACAAGGAGAAAUACUGAAGAACGUCUCCUUGACACAAGGAGGAAUACUGACGAUGGUCGCCUUGAAACGAGGAGGAAUACUGAAGAACGUCGCCUUGACACAAGGGGAGUUGAAGGUCGUCGUCUUGACACAAGAAGAGUUGAAGGUCGUCUCUUUAACCCAAGGAGCUGUGAAGGCAGUAGCCUUGACACAAGGAGAGCGGAAGAAUGUCGCUUUGACACAAGGUCGUCGUUGGUUCAUAGCACAAACAGGAAGGUUCCUGGAGAGCUGCUGCUUCAAGGCUACAAGUUGUCCGUGGCGCCAGUUUCCUCCUUGUUGGAAGUAGCACCCAAGACACAGCACCCUCACACAUUGUUAGACGAUGUCACUUUUAUGAAGUCCCAA